GAUUCCGGCUCGGAGAAGAUGUUUACUUCUUGUGUCUAGACUAAGAGAGAGACCCAUAUUCUUUUCCAAAAGAAAAAAAAAAAGAAAGAUUUUAUGCAAUUGGGGGGCAAAGUGAAGAUGCUUUAAAAAUAAUUCUUUCCCUUUUCUGUCUGAAUACUUCCACUAACUUUUGAUCUCCGGAGUAAAGCAAACUUGGGUGUUGAGAGGUAUCAUGGGCAGCUUCAGAGGCCACGCUCUCCCUGGGACCUUCUUCCUUGUUGCCGGGAUUUGGUGGACGGUAAAGUACUCGAUUUGGCAUGCCACGCGCAGGAACAAGGGUAUUGGUUCUACUCGUCUGGCUAGCAGAGCCUCACAGCGACGGCUGGAGAUCAUUGAGAGCUCAGUCAUACUCUUUUUCUCCCUUGUUGGGAUGUUGGCAGAACAGUUUGGAUCGGGUGGACCGAAGCUUCAGUUGUACGACUUCGUAGAGAAACACUGGGACCAUCUGCACAGCUGGCACCACGCCACCAUGUACUUGUUCUUUGGGCUCUUUGCAACAGUGUCUCUGAUUAUCCACACCACAGAAGCGGCACCACUGGCACUGGAUCGGUUAAUGCUGGCAAUUGCUUUCUUUAAUGAAGGAUUUCUUUUUCUUUACCACCUCCAUGGCAGGGGCAUGCUGGAUGUCCACGUGCAUCUGCUCCUUCUGUACGCGGUUUUUGGAGAGACUCUUGUUGCCUUCCUGGAGAUCUUUCACCGAGGCAACAUCAUUCUGGAGCUGCUGCGGUGCACGCUAACGGUGGUUCAGGGGACCUGGUUCUGGGAGGUUGGUUUUGUGCUGUACCCGCCCCGCGGCCCCGAGUGGGACUUGAAAGAUCCCAACAAUAUGAUGUUCAUUACCAUGUGUUACUCCUGGCACCUCGCCUUCGCCAUGCUUAUAGUGAGCGUGCUCUAUUGCAUCGUCAGCUGGUGUGACGAUGAAGUGACCCACCUGGCCAGGUAA